AUGGUUACCACCAGGAAAAUGGAGAAAGUCAUGUCCCAUUACGAUGUGUCGUUGCUGGUUGACCUGAUAGAGAGAAACCCUAUAAUUAGAAGCAAAGAAACUAACGCCACCACGAACCGAACUAAAGACGAUGCUUGGACAUCUUUGGCGCACGAAUUCAAUGCCAGAUCUAAGUCAGUAACUUUGAUCAAAGAACAGUUGAAAUUAAAAUGGGACGAUUUAAAAAAAAGGGCUGGUAAAAGAUCACCUCGAAUACAGUUGAAUAAUUUAAAGACUGCUGGUGGUGGUGGUGGUAAACCAGGCUUCAAUACGUCUAAUGAGCUCUUGGAUAACGUGACCGGUCCAUUGCGGCCUUCACGCACAAGAUUUGUUGCCCCAUUCGUGGGUGAAGGUAGCGCCGAUAGACAGCUUAUUGUGGGUGAUUUGGGUGAAACUGGUAAUGGCUUGGAAGACAACAUUACCCCGGAAGAGACCUGUCAUAUUGCAAAAGACCAUCAAGUAACUGAAUCACCAAUCAAAGGUGAAAAGCUAGCACGUGACGCUGUGGCAGAUUAG